CUCCCAAGGAGUCCAAUUCUCUUGUACGCUCUUUUUCCUCCUCCCACCCAUCUCCGGUUCUGUACCCCCUCCCCCUUCUGUAGCCUGCAAGCUGGGCUCCUUCCCCCAGCUCCCUAUCUCUCUGCAAAUGAGCUCACAUCAAAGGUGGGUUGGACAGCAGCAGCGGCCAGACAACACCCUGGUUGUCCCAGAGACAACCCAGAGGACCAGGGGUGUCGGCGGAGCCUCCCCGAAUUUGCUGGCUGACUGACUUUGGCCAAGCGCAAGAAAGGAGUUUUCCAAGUCCUGGGUUGGUUUAGUCACUUCCGAAGAGCAAAAAAAAACGUGUUGAGAGGAGGCUGGUUUAAGAUUUCAAACAAAACCAACCUCCCAGGCGCGCUUGAAAGGACUUGAUUAGCAUAUGUCAAGAGGACCCGCAUAUAUACCGGGAGUGUAUGUACACAGGACUCUGAUCUGAUCAGUUUGCUGAGCUGGAGCCCCAGCCCCCAGCCCCAGCCUCAAAUCAGCAGCCUCAGCUCUAGAUGUUUCUGCAAAGCCAGCAGCCAGCUCUCACCUACCCAAGGAGAGAAGAUCGCUUCCAAGACAGUGCAGUGCACUGUCCCUGCAGAGACCUCACAGGAGUAACCCAGCCUUAACUUUUUGUGCCUAUUUUGCUAUAAUUUUUCCGCAUUAGCCUCGCCACCCUUGCUACAGUUUUGAUUGGGGUUCUCUUGUUUUCCGGAAAUUCAACCUUUCUGUCCGGGGCCCCUCCAUGGCUCCCUUAACCGAAGUCGGAGCCUUCUUGGGCGGCCUGGAGGGUUUGGGCCAGCAGGUGGGGUCGCACUUUUUGCUGCCUCCUGCAGGGGAGCGGCCGCCGCUGCUAGGCGAGCGGCGGGGCGCGUUGGAGCGGGGUGCCCGAGGCGGCGGGCCGGGUUCGGUGGAGCUGGCGCACCUGCACGGUAUCCUGCGCCGGCGGCAGCUUUACUGCCGCACCGGCUUCCACCUGCAGAUCCUGCCCGACGGCAGCGUGCAGGGCACUCGGCAGGAUCACAGCCUCUUCGGUAUCCUGGAAUUCAUCAGUGUGGCAGUGGGACUGGUCAGCAUCAGAGGCGUGGACAGUGGUCUUUACCUUGGAAUGAAUGACAAAGGAGAACUCUAUGGAUCAGAGAAAUUGACUUCGGAAUGCAUCUUCAGGGAGCAAUUUGAAGAGAACUGGUAUAAUACCUAUUCAUCCAACAUAUAUAAGCAUGGAGACACUGGCCGCAGGUAUUUUGUAGCACUUAACAAAGAUGGAACUCCAAGAGAUGGUGCCAGAUCCAAAAGACAUCAAAAAUUUACUCAUUUCUUACCAAGACCAGUGGACCCAGAAAGAGUUCCAGAAUUAUACAAAGACUUACUGAUGUACACUUGAUGAACCUGGAGCCAUUAUUUUUAAGUCACAGUUUCUGUUAAAUAACACUGAAGAUGUUCAGAAUAUUACAAAGUCUGUUUUUCACUGAGAGACUGCAUUUGUGAAGAAUAUUGAGAAUAAGGAAUUAACUUGAAGCAAAGCAAGAUCAUUCCUCAUAAAUGGAUUAUAUUUCCUCAGACUCAUUGGCCCAGUCUUACCAGCUGACUGAAGCUGAAAUCAGUUAAUCUGUGGAUAAUGUGAAUCUUGCUGCUGAUGCCUCACCUCUCUGGAUAAUGUUUACUUUGGACAUUUACCUUAAGAAUAGAUACUUCAUGUUGAAGAAGUGUAUCAAAAUGACAUAAUUACUGCCUCAUAAAUUCUGAGGACCUUGUAGAAGUCUGCAGGUUAUAACAUUAUACAUAAAACAAAACAAAAAUCAAAAUUCUAGAUGACUUUGAGCUACAAAACAUGCCACACCAGGAUGGAACAUUUCUUUUAGAAGAAUGGACCUAUUUAUACAUUUUUCAAUUUAUAAAUAUUUAUUAUAUAUAUUUAUUUAUUAAAGAGUUUAUUUUUACUGGUAU